CUCCGUUUGCACACGGAGAGUUAAAUGCCUUAUAUAGACACGGACCGCGCUUAUCAGCCAUACUCAUACAAUAGUAUUGAUACGACAGUGUACAGUGAAAGUGAAGAGCUAAGUGAUAUCGAAUCUAUAUAUUGAUACUUGCUUCAUUCAACUACUACAAGAAAUCAAAGAACAAUCAAGCAAAAUAAAGAAAAUGGAUUCUGAUAAAGUUGCAUGUGCCUGUUCCACUGGUGGACAAUGCACUUGUCUUGGAAGCACCAAACGCUGUGAGAAGUGUAACUGUGGUGAAACUUGCAACUGUAAAACAACUGGAGAAAAAUGCUGCAACGAUUGCAAGUGCCAAUGCAAUCAAAAAACCGGGAAGCCUUGCACUUGCAAAGGUUGUACUUGCUCGCUUAAAGUUGACAAGAAAUGCAAGUGCGAAGAUUGCAAGUGCGACUGCAAGUGUGACAAGAAGGGAUGUGUCUGCGUUCCAACUAAAGGAAAACCUUGCGUUUGCAUCUGUGAAGAUGACAAAGGAGAUAUAAAAACUUGCGAAAAUUGCAAGUGUGCUAACGGAAAAUGUAUCUGCAAAUGUGGCAAGCCGUGUCUUUGCGUAUCCACUGAAGGCAAAUGCUGCGUAUGCAUCUGCCGUGACGAGAAAGGUGACUUGAAGGUAUGCAACGAUUGCAACUGUGGCGAGUCUUGCAAGUGCUCAUCUGUUGGAGGGAAAUGCUCCAACGAUUGCAAGUGCAAUCAGGAAACUGGGAAAGCCAGUACUUGUAAAGAUUGUACUUGCUCGCUUAAAGUUGGCAAGAAAUGCAAGUGCGAAGAUUGCAAGUGCGACUGCAAGUGUGACAAGAAGGGAUGUGUCUGCGUCCCAACUAAAGGAAAACCUUGCGUUUGCAUCUGUGAAGAUGACAAAGGAGACAUAAAAACUUGCAAAAAUUGCAAGUGUGUUGACGGAAAAUGUGACUGCAAAUGUGGCAAGGCGUGCCUUUGCGUAUCAACUGAGGGCCAAUGCUGCGUUUGCAUUUGCCGUGACGAGAAAGGUGACUUAAAGGUAUGCAAUGAUUGCAACUGUGGCCAGUCUUGCAAGUGUUCAUCUGGUGGAGGGAAAUGCUCCAACGAUUGCAAGUGCAGUCAGAAGAUAACUGGAAAUUGCAAGUGUGAAGACUGCAAGUGUGACAAUAAGUAAAAUAAAUCGGUAUUUAAUAAAACAAAAAAAAAGUUUUAAUAAACAUAUUUUUACCCGUGUAUUAUUAAAUGUAGUUAAAGAGUAUUUUAUUCACUGUUUAUAGGUAGGUAACUACGUACUUUUGUAUUCAAUUUUAUGGGACUGGUUCAAUAAAAUGUUUAUAAAAUA